UGUGUAAUGUAAAUACAGAUACAGGUACCUAUUAAUCUGAUGGCUUCUUCCCUUGAAGAGAGUGAAACUCAGUUGUUUGACAUGUGUCAUCAGCUUGCAGAAAAGUUGAAUUCAUUGAAAACUGAAGUUCAAAAUAUUUCCCUUUCACAAACUGCACCUAAAUCUGCAGAAGACAUUGCCAAACAAAACUUGAGAAUUCUGGGAAAUGAAGAAAUAACUUUGAAGGCAAGGGAACCGUUUAAAGUAAUAAACAAUUCUUUGUUAAUUGCCACUAACUUUGAUAAAGACCUUGAAAACACCAUUAAAGAAUCUGAUGAAAUAUUAGAAAUGUUGCAAAAAUCUGUGUUGGCUAUGGAAGCCAAAUUGGAAGACAAAAGCAGUGUGAUGAUAGAGCAACGCCAAAUAUCCCAAGGAAUACAAAAUAAACUGAAACAAAUGAGUGAAAAGCACAAAAGUAUUGGUCAAACAGAUGAGCAAUUUACGGAGGAAUAUUUGGAGCAGCUGACAAUGAAACGAAUAACAUAUACAAAAGGACGUAAGAAAUUUCAACAAAAAAUGAAUGGAUUCUUAGAUCAAUGGUUUCCUUCCAGCACAAAUUCUAAGAAAAAUAGAGAAACUUAUAAAUCGCUGAAUUUCUUAGUAAAAAAGUUGAUAAACUCGAGUAUACAAACUCCUGAAAACCCUUAUCUGGAAAUAACAGAUGAUUUCUGGCCGCCACAUAUAGAACUUCUUUUGAGAUAUAAUAUAUGCUGUCGCCAUCAAAAGAAUCCAUCCCUGGUAAAGUUGUUAUAUACAGGUAUAUGAAUGUCUGGAUUUAAAAACCUGAAUAAACCCUUUGUAAUGUGAUAUUGCAUUUU